AUGGUCGCUGUUGAGGCUGUUGUUUCGCAACUUCUCAAAAAACUCGCUGAUCCCCUCAUUUCCUUAUAUGAUGUUGACGACAAAGUCGAAUUGCUCGUCAUACAAUUUAGGGUUAUGCAAUGCUUCUUGAAAGACGCAGACGCCAGACAAGAAAGAAAUGAAGGUGUGAAGAACUGGGUGCUGAACGUGAGAGAUGCUGCAUACGAAGCUGAAGACGUCAUCGACAACUUUAUCUACAAGGUAGCACGCUUGAAGCGAACAGGAUUUAUGGGCUGCAUUACAAGGUACGCUUGCAUCUUCUGUGAGUUGAUAGCUCGCUAUAAGUUGAGCUCGGAUAUCGAACGGAUAAACAAUAAGUUCCGUGUUAUCUCCGAAAGUAGGUCGGCUUUAAGAAUUAAAGAUAUAAGCCAGGAAGCUGCAGGGACAAGCUCCGCCGGUCCCAGCCUCCAAGAAUGGAGGCUCACUUCUCCUCUUUCUCAAGAACCAGAUUUUGUUGGUUUUGAGAAUGAUUUGGAGAUAUUGGUGGACCGACUGACCAACGGGGAGUUGCGCCGUCGUGUUGUUUCUGUAGUUGGAAUGGGUGGUCUCGGUAAGACCACUCUUACCAAGAAAGUUUAUAACGACAGUCGUGUUAAAGCACAUUUUCAAUCUUUUGCAUGGAUCUCUGUAUCGCAAGAGUUUGGUCUGAGAGAUCUUCUUUUGGACUUCAUAAAUUGCUAUAUGGAGCUCUCAAAGGAGGAGCUUAAGAGAGUAAAAAAAAUGAAUGUCUCACAGCUGAGGAAUAAAAUUUCAGAGUAUUUGGAAGGGAAGAAAUACCUGAUGGUGGUAGAUGAUAUAUGGUCAAACGAAGCUUGGGAUGCUCUCAAGGAUGCUUUCCCAGAUGUGAGCAAUGGAAGUAGGAUCAUGCUCACCACGCGCAACAAAGACACAGCUUUGCAUGCAGAUGCAGCCAGCCGGCCCCAUCACCUGCGAUUUCUAAACAAUGAAGAGAGCUGGAAACUGUUCUGCAAGAAAGUAUUCCUAGGGGGAGAUGGCAGUUGCCCUCAGCAAUUUGAGACUUUGGGAAGGGAGAUUGUGGAAAAUUGCUAUGGUCUACCUCUUGCGAUCAUAGUCAUUGGGGGCCUCUUAUCAAGAAAAGAACCAUGGGAAUGGGAGAAUGUUCCCAAGAGCAUUCACUGGCAACUAAGCACAGAAAAACAUCCAGUCUAUGAAAUAUUAUCUUUGAGUUAUAAAGAUCUGCCUUAUUACUUAAAAUCGUGUUUUCUAUACCUAGGCAGUUUUCCAGAGGACUAUGAAUUCCAAACCAAGGAUUUGAUUCGGCUGUGGACUGCAGAAGGGUUGCUUGAAGAGAGAGGGGAAGAAACAUUCGAAGAGGUUGGAGAAGAUUAUCUGCAGGAGUUGGUUCGUAGAAGUUUGGUUCAAGUCACGAGCAGACGUUCAAGUGGGCGUAUUAAAAGUUGUCGCGUCCAUGAUCUGUUGCGGGAUCUCUCCAUUGCAAAAGCUAGGGAAGGUAAAUUUCUCGAAGUUCACCGUGGGAAUGUGAAUAAUCGUCCUGCUUCUGGUGCUCGUCGACUUGCAAUUCACAAUAACGACUUAAGAACGUUAGAGAAGUUACCCGAGUCUCGUGAAUUCUCAACAUAUCUCAGCAAGCUCACCUUGGCACUAUCCUUUUUAGAUCAAGAUCCAAUGGCUACGUUGGAGAAGUUGGAAAACCUUCGCAUUCUCAGAUUGUUUGGUAAUGCAUAUUGGGGAAAGGAAAUGGCUUGUACUGCAAAAGGGUUUCCUCGACUGGAAUUCUUACAUCUUGAAGAAUUAGGUCAGUUAGAGGAGUGGAAAGUGGCGAAAGGAGCUUUGCCUAGUCUUUUACGUUUAAGGAUCUUCAACUGCCAGUUUUUGAAGAUGCUUCCGGAAGGACUGCAACACGUCACUACCCUCCAGAAACUGCAGUUGCAGGUAAUGCCUGUCGAAUUCAACAAAAGGCUUCGAAAGGGCAAAGGAGAGGAUUGGCAUAAGAUUCGGCACAUACCCUCCAUCAACAUCAAUGAAUGGAGAGACUGUGAUGACCCACACUUGCGACGUGAUGAGAUGGAUGUGGAGAAUGGUGGCACAGGAGUCUAUUUUCCUUAA